GCAGCCGGGAGGAGGCAGCGGCCCUGGGCGCCCCAGGCCCCGCCCGCCCACGGCCCUUCCCGGGAGGCCGGGAGACCCGCUUGGGCCGGCCCUCGGUGGGUGAGUGCGAGCGGACGGCGGCGGGUGGGGCCUCUGCAGGAGGAGGCGCGGGGAGCGGGUGCGACGCCUGUCACCGCUCCAGGCCCAGCGGGAGGACGCGCCAACGUCCCGCGGCUGCGCUCGGCCCGGGGCGCGCCCGCCGCCACUCCCUCCUUCGGGCUCGGGCUGGGGCCGCUCGGGGGGCUCUGCGCACUCGGCACGGCGAGGCCAGCACGCUGCGCUUUUUCCUCCCCGAGGGCGACGUCGUGGGAGCCUGGCUGACUCGCGGCGGCUCCGGCCAUGCCCGGCUGGCCCUGGGGGCUGCUGCUCACGGUGGGCACUCUCUCCAUCGCGCUGGGCUCGGGGCCUUUGGCGCCUGCCGACCCCUGCCAUGACGAGGGGGGUGCGCCCCGAGGGUGUGUGCCGGGCCUGGUGAACGCAGCCCUGGGCCGCGAGGUGCUGGCGUCCAGCACGUGCGGGCAGCCGGCCACUCGGGCCUGCGACGCCUCCGACCCGCGGCGGGCGCACCCCGCGACGCUCCUGACCACGCCGGGGGCCCCCGCAGGCCCUACAUGCUGGCGCUCGGACUCCUUGUCGCAGGCUCCCUUCAACGUGACCCUCACAGUGCCCCUGGGCAAGGCUUUUGAGCUGGUCUUCGUGAGCCUACGCUUCUGCUCUGCUCCACCUGCCUCUCUAGCCCUUCUCAAGUCGCAGGACCACGGCCGCAGCUGGGCGCCUCUGGGCUUCUUCUCUUCCCACUGCGGGCUGGACUAUGGCCGGCCACCGGCCUCCGCCCAGAGUCGUGCUGGCCCCGGGCCCGAAGCCCUGUGCUUCCCUGCGCCCCAGGUGCAGCCCGACGGGGGUGGCCUCCUGGCCUUCAGUGUGCAAGAUGGCAGCCCGCCAGGCCUGGAACUGGAUAGCAGCCCAGUGCUCCAAGACUGGGUGACCGCCACCGACAUCCGCCUCGUGUUCACAAGGCCUGCAGGGCUGGGAGCCACCUCGGAGCCAGAGACCACCGCCCCUUACUCCUACUCGGCCACUGAGCUGCAGGUGGGCGGGCGCUGCAAGUGCAAUGGGCACGCCUCACGGUGCCUGCUGGACACCCAGGGCCAGCUGCUCUGCGACUGUCGGCAUGGCACAGAUGGGCCUGACUGUGGCCGCUGCAAGCCCUUCUACUACGACAGGCCGUGGCAGCGGGCUACGUCCUUGGAAGCCCACGCCUGCCUCGCUUGCUCCUGCAACGGUCAUGCCCGCCGCUGCCGCUUCAACAUGGAGCUGUACCGACUCUCGGGCCGCCGCAGCGGGGGCGUCUGCCUCAACUGCCGGCACAACACUGCUGGCCGCCACUGCCAUUACUGCCGCGAGGGCUUCUACCGCGACCCUGGCCGGGCCUUGAGUGACCGGCGGGCUUGCAGAGCCUGUGACUGUCACCCUGUUGGUGCCGCUGGCAAGACCUGCAACCAGACCACGGGCCAGUGUCCCUGCAAGGACGGUGUCACUGGCCUCACCUGCAACCGCUGCGCCCCUGGCUUCCAGCAGAGCCGCUCCCCGGUGGCACCCUGUGUUAAGAUUCCUGUCCCUGGACCUACCCAAGAAAGUAUCCCUGUGGAGCCCCUGGACUGCGACUCGCACUGCAGACCGGCGCGCGGCAGCUACCGCAUCAGCCUGAGGAAGUUCUGCCGCAAGGACUAUGCCGUGCAGGUGGCGGUGAGCGCGCGCGGGGAGGCGCGCGGCGCGUGGACGCGCUUCCCGGUGGCCGUGCUCGCCGUGUUCCGGAGCGGCGAGGAGCGCGCGCGGCGCGGGAGCAGCGCGCUGUGGGUGCCCGCCCAGGACGCGGCCUGCGGCUGCCCGCACCUGCUGCCCGGCCGCCGCUACCUGUUGCUGGGGAGCGGGCCUGGGGUCGCGGCGGGGAGCGUCGGAGGUCGGGGCCCCGGGCUCAGCGCCGCCCGCGGAAGCCUCGUGCUGCCCUGGAGGGACGCGUGGACGCGGCGCCUGCGGAGACUGCAGCGGCGAGAGCGGCGGGGGCGCUGCGGGACGGCCUGA